AUGAAGACAAUCGCACUGCCGACAGCGACGAUCUCCUCCCCAAUAGCCGUCCACCCACACCGCUCCAUUCGCCAGCGAAAAGUGUCCUUCGUCGGCGAGACCCUCCCAACGAUGCCACCACCACCACCGUAUAAAUCGCGGUCCUCCUCAUCUGCGUCCACUUCCAGCACAUCAGAUAUCCCAGAUCUACAAUCACUGGCCCUCGAUCUACUGGACACACUCUAUAACACCCACGACCUCUCCCGUGCAUCAACAAUGAUCCACCCAAACGUGACCCUCACACACAACGACUCACCUAUCACACUUGGUUCAGCUGGGUCAAAAGAAGCAUAUCUCGAGCACUGGCGGAAUAGAGUCCAGAAGUUUGGGCCGGGGCUGAAAGCACACUUCCGAGAAGCUGUCGUCGAUGAAAGCCAGAGGAAGGUGUGGUGUGUUGGUGAGGUGACUGUGGGAAAGAGGAGGAAGGAGAGUGUCGACAUGUUGAGCUUUGACGAACAAGGCAGGUUGGUAGGGGAAGAGGACUGGGUGCGGGUCAUCAGGACGCGCAGGGAGGAUUGA